AUGUGGGUUGGUGGAUUAGCAACAUUAGCUAUUAUUGUUCUUGUUUCGUUUUCUUAUUGGUUUUCUAUAUCAUUUAUUCGACGUUAUCCAGUUGAAGACGUUAAUGAACCAGCUACAUUUGCUUGUGAUCAAUCAUUGAUUAAUGCACAAUUUUCUAGUGGUCUUGAACUUCUUGAUAUUCCCAAGUCAGAAGACGCUCAACCAAUAUUUGAUCUUCUCGAUGCACAAAUAUUUUAUUUAACUGUAGAAUUAAUUAAUACUGGAUUUCUAUGUAAUUCUAUCACUACACAAGAAAAUCUUAGUGGUACUAAAUAUGUUUCAUUAACAAAUAAUUGUACACGAUUAAUUUCGGAAGCGACAACAUCAGUAACACUUUCUAUGCCGAGACAUGAGACAACUGUACAAAUUAAUAUGACUGGUCCUUAUUGGAUUGGUGCUAUUCGUUUAUGUAUUCGAGGAAAAGGUCAAACAAGUAUGAGCAGUACCUUAAAAGAACUAGAUUUUUGUCAAUUUUAUGCAACAUCCAAUGAAGCUAUUGGUAGAAUAACAUAUAUUCCAAUUGUAUUUAUUAAAAACAUCAAUAUGACAUAUCCAUUGAGUGAAUCAGAUCAAACUAAUUAUUCAGGUUUAUGGACGCCAACUUUCACUACUGUGUCCCUAUCGGAUGAAGAAUACUAUGUUGAAUUUGGAAAUUAUUUACGUUAUACGUCUUCAUUAACUAUUAUUCAAAUAAUGCUUGAUGAACGUCCAUUUUUUAUUAAAAAUACUCAACAACCCAUUGCUCGAACAGCUGUAUUAAUUUUUAAGGCUUUAUUAUUUACUUCUUUAUGCAUUGAACUAUUUGCUUUUUUGUUUCUUAUCAUUAAACUUUUUAUUGUGCCAUUAUUGCGAUCGAUUUUUUAUUUAUGGAAAAAAUGUCGUGGUCAAAAUGUUAAAUCAGAUAAUUCAAAUAGGUCUACUAAAUCAUCUUUACGUUCAAAUUCUUCGAGGAAAAAAGAUUCUAUUCGGAAGAUGACAAUUGAUCAGUUAAUGGCUCUCGAAGCAGAUCCAUCUAUAUUCAAUGCAAAUCACCAAGACAAACAUAAAAAAUAUUCAAUAUCGAACAUUGAAUUAAAUUCAUCUGACAUUAAUUAUAGAUUUUGA